AUGACUCCAGGUGCAGGAGUGAGAUCCAGCUGGGUUCCAACACUGGAGCAGCCCAGAGAAGACGGCAGCCUCCACAGAAACCAGGGUGGGGUUGGAGAGGUCUUCCCAAAGGCAAGGCUUAUUAGACGUCAAGGCAGAGUGGGAGUACUCAACCAGGAUUUUAACUGGAAUGUCAGCCAUGUCAUUGGGAAACUUUCUGAGGACCACCAAGAAACCUUCAGGAUCCAUCAACCAGAGAUCAACUCUCCUAACUGGUCCUCCACCUCUGCAGAGACCGUGAUUUCCUAUGGAGAGAGCAACCUUCAGCGCAUCAUUGGGGGAUACAUCGUUGCCCCUCACUCUUCCAAUUACCUUGUGUCUCUGAAGAGGAACACCGGCUACCAUUUCUGUGGAGGAGCACUGAUCAGUCGUAGAUGGGUCCUGACGGCAGCACAUUGCAAAACUGGGAUCAACCAGAUGUUGAUUGUUGCCGGGGAAUAUUCUCUCUCCACUUUUGAAGGCACAGAACAGAUAUUCCGGCCUGCCCGCAUGGUGGUCCAUCCUGAUUACAGUGCCACGUCCAAAAAUGCAGACAUUAUGCUCAUUAAGUUGAAGAAGCCAGUAUUGUACAGCGCUUCCGUCUCCAUCGUCCCUCUUCCCCAGCAAGGAGCGACAGUAAGAGAUGGCCGUAUCUGCCAAGUCUCUGGCUGGGGCUACACCACCCCCAUUGGGGGGAGGACCUCCGACACUUUGCGCAGCGUUCGCCUCCCCAUCAUCGCCACUUGGAAGUGUAACAGCUCAGCCUCAUACGCCGGAUACAUCACCAAGAACAUGAUCUGCGCCGGCUUCAGCACUGGGGGCAAAGAUGCAUGCCAGGGAGACUCUGGCGGGCCACUGGUCUGCGAAGGACGGGUAUUUGGCAUCGUUUCCUGGGGACACAGCUGUGCCAGUCCCAGGUAUCCGGGAGUCUACACAGCUGUGGCCAACUUUCAGAAAUGGAUCUACAAGACAAUCUUCAAGCAAUAGCUCACGUACACCAUUUUUCACCGC